CAACUCCUGCAGGGCAUGGCGGCGGCGGCAGAGGGGGCCCGGGCUCACCGAGAGGAGCCCGUUCGAGAUGAUGCCGCGGUGGAGACUGCUGAGGAAGCAAAGGAGCCCGCUGAGGCUGACAUCAAUGAGCUCUGCCGGGACAUGUUCUCUAAAAUGGCAACUUACCUGACUGGGGAACUGACGGCCACCAGUGAAGACUAUAAGCUCCUGGAAAAUAUGAAUAAGCUUACCAGUUUGAAGUAUCUUGAAAUGAAAGAUAUUGCUAUAAACAUAAGUAGAAACUUAAAGGACUUAAACCAGAAGUAUGCUGGACUGCAGCCUUAUCUGGAUCAGAUCAAUGUAAUUGAGGAGCAGGUAGCAGCUCUUGAGCAGGCAGCCUACAAGUUGGAUGCGUAUUCAAAAAAACUGGAAGCCAAGUAUAAGAAGCUGGAGAAGCGAUGAAAAACUUACUCCUGAGGGACAGUCUUUUUUAAUAUGGGAAGAAUGUUUUAUAAGACCUGAAUCCUAAGGCCGAUGAAUUGUCAGAACUCCUUAAAAGGCAACUGUGUGUUUGUCCUAGAAAACAUCACAACAUUGGAGUAAACUGGAGAACUGUGGCUGCUCCUGAACUUCUGUUGAGGCAGAAUCCCUCAGAAUCUCACACUUAUAACUCCUUACCUUUUACUUGAAUGUCUCAUCAUCCAUUCAGGACAGAGUCAAAGUUUGGGAUAAACCUGGCCUUGCCAAUAGGAUCAAAUGAGAGGACCUAUUUUCCCUGGUAGUUGUUGUACACUGUAUUAUUUUCUUAAAUGAUUGGUUUUGAAUUACCUUAUAAAUGGUUGUUUUUCCCUAUUAAGGAUGCUAAUGUAUUGCUAACAAGAGCCUAAAUUAAAAAAGGAAAACAAAACAGUCCUUUUUUUUUUUUUUUUGGCCAUGCCCUGUGGCAUGUGGAAGUUCCCAGGCCAAAGACUGAACCUGUACCACAGCAGCAACCUGAGCCACUGCAGUGACAAUGCUGGAUCCUUAACCCACUAAUCCACAAGGGAAUUCCAAAAUAGUCUUAUUCUUAACAGUUUGUCACCUUGUGAAUGUUGGUAAUUUUCCAUAAUGUUGCAAAGAACAGAAAAAUCUUAAAACAAUUUCAGGCCAAGUCAUCUUGACUGAGCAGGGACAGUGAAAGGAGUGUUGUGAGAGCUUGGUAUAUGCAGUGGGCCCCCCCUGCCUCUUCUCUGCACUUUUGCCUGGGGAUGGAUGACACCUUUACAUGUGCUCCCUUUUGUGUGUAUGUGUUAGGUGGGGAGGUAGGGCUGCCAGUUGGGCUGCUGCUCAUUAAAUAAACGGUUUUAUAAAAUA